CCUUCCUUCCUUUUUUUGUCGAGAGUAGCAUCGGAACCAGCAAAGCCCAGUGUGAGCCAGACGCUGCCGGUUGCCCCCGCUGCUGCCAAUUCUCUGCCGGCACCCAGUAGCAGCAGUGGUAAUAACAAUAAUAAUAAUGCCAAGCGGUCUCUGGGUAUCAGUCAGCAGCAGCAGCCACCGCAGCAGCCAUUACUGGCCCAGCCGCCAUCGCUGCCUCGCUACCCGGCCCGCGAAGUCCCUCCACGCUUCCGGCACCAGGAGCAGAAGCAGCUCUUGAAGCGAGGGCAACCGCUCCCAGGGAUUGCGGCGAACCUGGGACCGGCAUCUAAACCUUUGAGCAGCACUGUGACAAGUGAGCAGAGAGCCGUGGGUGACGAGAGUCAAAGUGGCAACAGGAAGCAGCCAGAUACAAACCACAGCACACUAGGAUCCCAUUAUGAAAGCUUCCCCUGGGGAACAGCCUCUUCCAAUAGCGACUCCAGCAUAAACUGGGAUAGUGGUGUUGUAGACACCUCCAACAAGGAGGCAUGGCUCUCAGUUGCCACCGGCAGUGACUCAGAGCUGGGGAAGAAGGCUGACACAGAGAAGGACCCUCUGAUCAUGGCCUCUGGUCUGCGGAAUGGCCCUCAGUCCAAGUUCGGCAGCAACAAUGGCAAUGGCAUGAGCAAGGGAAACCUGGGCCGGUCAUCAUGGGGACAGUCCCUCGGAGCUCUUAUGAGCACCUGCCCAGUUUCUGCUGACAUUCCCAAUGGCCCGACGGACAGCAACAGAGCAGAUGCUUGGGGCGCCCUUGCUUCACCUAAUGGAGAGCUCAAUCCCAGCACUUUGAAUGCCAAUGGCCACCGCGGUACCUGGCCUCUCUUGGAGAACAGUGAACCUUCCCUGAAAGGGUCUGGUGGGGGCAGUAUGGGCCCAAUGGCAAACCCUCAGAGCCUGAACCCUGCCGGCCUUGGCGGUUCCUGGGGCAAUGGCCUCACAGAAAACAGCGACUCCCAAGCAAAUGGUACACGGAGGGCUCUGCGGGGCAGUCAGCCCCAGAACCUGAUCCCCGAAGCCAAUGGACCAAAUAAUAAUAAUAACACUACUAACUUUGCCAUCUCUAGUUUACCAAAUCUGGCCAGUUCAAUGCAGGUGAGCGACCUGGCGAGUCACAGUAACAAUAACCAUACAGGGCCCGGAUCCUGGGGAGCAGCGGGUGCCAAGAGCAGCUGGCCCCAGGCCACCUCAAUAAUCAACGGUGCUUCCAGCGGAGGCAGCAAUGAAGCCAAAACUGGCAGCCUCCCUGCCACCGCUGCUCUGUGGGGUGGCGCUUGCACCCACAAUUAUUCUGGGGAGGCCUGCCUCGACUCAAGCAGCCAAGCCAAUAGCGACACUGUGAAUGCAACUCUCCUCAUGCCCCCACAGCCCCAGAAGGCCAACGCUGGCGGGGAGAAGGGGACCGGGGCCUGGGAGGCAGCGGGGAUGGGCAGCCCCCAAAGCGCUCCCUGGGAGCAUGGACCCACAGGAGGAGGAGGAGGAGGAGGAGGAGGAGGAGGAGGAGGGACAAGGACUUCUAUGGACGGAGGGUGGCACCAGCUGCCCAGCAAUCAGUGUGCCUCCGAAAGCCUCAGCGCCAACGGGAAGAAGUUUACAAACACAUGGAAAUCAGUGGAGGAGGAGAAAAACGCCAGCACCACUGUGCCCAACUUCCCCAUGAUGGGCCAGAAUGGUGGUGGGAGCUGGGCCAAGGGCAGUGCUGGUGGCAGCAGUGAAGAUAGCAGUGAGGACAAGCCCUCUGGGGAGGGGACCAGCCGGGAGCGGUGGAAGGCCGACCCCCAGGCCUUGCUGCAGAGCAUCGUGAGCAGGGUGGACCUGGACCCUAGAGUGCUCUCCAACGCUGGCUGGGGGCAGACACCCAUCAGGCAGAACACAGCCUGGGAGACAGAGCUAUCCCCAAGGGGUGAGAAGAGGGCCGACAAUGGGACGGAGGCCUGGGGGAGUUGCUCUGCGGCAGCGGUGGAGAGGCCCACCCCAAACAGUUCCAGGUGGGGAGAGCCAAAGCCUGCCACGCGCUGGGGAGGAGACCCAAAAGGUGGUUGGGGAGAGGAAGGGCCGAGAACAGCGCCGGCCAAAGGCAAUCAGUCAUGGGGCGGUGGUGGCAAAGAGGAACGGUCCUCGACUUGGAGCGAGACGGAGAAGCUCAAGCAGGGAUGGGGAGAUGGGCUGAAAGGGGGACACCCUCCAGCCAUUGAGGGCUGGGGGGAGAAUUCAAGGAGCAAUCACUGGGGCGAGAUGAGGAAGUCCAGCUCUGGCAGCAGCGACAACAGUGACCGUUCGACAGCCUCUGGCUGGAAGGGAGCAGGCAAAGGAGGAGGCGGUGGCACACAUUGGGGCAACGGAGUCGGCAAUGGGGGCCCCAUGGCCAGGCCCAGCCACUCUUCUGGUUGGGAGGACUCCGCCAAGCUGAGCCAAAGCCAAGGUUGGGCGGCAGAACCGCCCAAGGCGAGCCAAGCCCAGGGCUGGGGGGAGCCUCCCAAGGCCCCGGGGUCCCCAGAAUGGGGCAAGGCCCAAGACACUGCUGGAUGCUGGGGGCCCCCAGAAGCCAAUGCUGCCACUGGGAAGCCCCCAGGAUGGAUGGGAGGACCGGUGCCAGCCCCAUUGACGGAGGAAGAGCCCACCGGCUGGGAGGAGCCCUCCCCAGAGUCCAUCCGUCGCAAGAUUGAGAUUGACGACGGGACCUCUGCCUGGGGAGACCCCAGCAAGUACAACUACAAGAGCGUGAACAUGUGGAACAAGAACACCCUGCACAAUGGGGAGCGCCUCUCGGAGCAGCAAGCACAGCGAUCGCAGCAUCAGGGGGUGCCACUCCAUGGUGCAGGGCCCAUUUCGGAGAAUGGCAGCAGCGGAGGAGGAGGAGGCAACAGCAGUGGAUCCGGUUGGGGAGAGACUGCUCCACCUCCUGCUACCGUAGAUAAUGGCACCUCGGCAUGGGGCAAACCUGUGGAUACCGGGAGCAGCUGGGGAGAGUCCAUGGGUGACGCAAUGGGCAGCAGCAGUUGGGGGAACGCCUCUCUCGGGCGCCAAGCCUCCAAUAAGUCUGGGCCGAAGACCAUGCAUGUACCGGAUGGCUGGUGCGGAGGCAGUAUGCCUUCGGCUGGGAGUCACCAAUCUGGCUGGGAAGAAGAGGACGAUGUGGAGAUUGGGACGUGGAACAGCUACUCGGUGCAAGAUCCCAGCAUCUCUGUUCCCUGGCCCCCGAGCUCAAGGAAGCUGCCUUCGAAGGGAACAAUGAAAAAUGGAAACAAGCAAGAGGAUGCAUGGAUUAAUCCAUUUGUGAAACAGUUUGCAAACCUCGGCUUCCCUAGAGAGUUACCAGAAGAAAUUAUGCAGAGCAAUAAGAUGGAGAUAACAGGAGGUAGGUGCUGAAGUCCUACCAGAAGUCCUCUCAUCAAA